AUGACUUGUGGGGAGUACAUCACACAAACUUGGCCAGACACAUCUUCGACUCUGAGACUGCUCAUCGCCUUGAUCUCGCGACCAUCAACUCGCCCAAUGCGUGAGAUAGAUCAGGUCAAGGUCUCGUUGAAUGAAAUUGAGACGCAGAUACAUUUCCGCCUUGUUGGAGCGCCACACACAUUGGCAGAAAUCUGCGAGGCAGUCGCCUGGGUCCACGCUGCCGUAGCAAGGACUCCAUCGAAAAAGCCGAGUAUGGUCGAUUUCAUUGUCGAAUGUAGAGGGAAUCAGACACUGAGCUACUGUACCCGCAGUGUAAUCUCGCCCUUGAUCAACAAUUUGGACCGCGAUACCCAAUGCUGGCUCCCAUUAUUCCCGAAUACUGCCGUGGCCAUUGACUGCCGACGAAACCUUGUGUGCGAAAACUCACCAUUAGGGCUAAAUAUCUCAUGGGAUUUACUAUGCUUCAUCUGUGGGUUGGAAUACGAGGUUGAUACUGAAACCGGGUUUGCGCUGUACGGCCAACGGUCGUUGGUCUAUCCUACGAGAUAUUUACCAACGUCUGAGUCCAUGCAAUGGCAUUUCCAAGACCUUAAAAAGGGAGAACUUCCGCCGACUGGAUCAUUUCAAGGUGGCGAGAGGUUCAAUGACCUCAACGAAUGCCUCACGAUUGGAAAAGAUCACUUGCUGGGCUUCUGGCCCGAACCGCUGGUCACCCUGGGGACCGAGUAUAACAAAGACGUUGACAUCACCAAAGUUCGCUGGACAAACCCGGGAGAUACCGAGACCAUCAACGACGUAUACGAGAAAGACGGUUACACAUUCGGCGCCUCAAUUUCUGCACCGAGAUUACUCAGUUUUAAUGCGAGCAUGACCUACAAGAUAGCCCACAAUCGCAGGAAUAUCUACAUGUCAGAUUUCAUUGGCAACAUGGAAAGCAUAAUCGACACACCUGCGCUAGUCUACUCCAUCCAGGAAGGACGCGCAUAUGUGGUGCCGUUAAUCAGUGUCGUGUUCCACAUUGGACGGGUGAGAGCCAAAGUACAUAAACUGUCCCAGUACCACGUUGCUCCUUGUGAGGCAUUGGCGAAUGGAGGUCUAGCUGCGUUCGAUGCCAUACGGAAAUCUUAUCAAGAUCCACUCGCAGCUAAACAACCACAGAACAGCAAAGAUGGUGAGGUCCAAGUGCCUUACCGAGUCAAGGACCAUCUGCAAUCUGUCUACGCAGCACUUCAAGUUACCGUGCGACAGAGGUCUUUGCUGAAGCGCUUCUUCAAGGAAUACCUGGUUGGGUACGAGCUGGCCGACAUCGCCCACGAAUAUCAGUCUUACAACUUCAAGAGGCAUCAACUGAAAGACCUGGUUUGCUGGAAGCCAUUGGUAGAUGAAGUCCACCUAGUCCUGUUUUGUGAAGGGCUCUACGAUCCGAUCAUCCGAGACCCAAAGUCACAAGCCGCGGAUGGCUGCGUCGGUAGACAUCAUGACACCAUUCCCUGUGGGUUGGAUAUUCUAACAGUUUCACUCCCGUGCUUGCUCCAUCUAAGUCGCAGAUACAACGAGCCCGGCUCCGCUUAUGAAUGGGUUAUUGAAGGCUGCAAGUGGCACAGUCGCCACAGCAAAGGCUUGGUCUUUUUCGAGUGCGAUCACAGUCGCGCACAGCACUGUCAAAAGCUUCAAUCUCUGAAAUCAAAAGGCCAGAAGCACGCCAGGAUGCCUGACUACGACAACUUGGCGAAAUACCAGAAUGGAGCAAUUGCUUUUGAGGAUGAGGUCGGCGCCGGCACGAAACUGAAACGCCUCUCCAAUGCCGACCGCACCCAGGUAGAACCAGGCAAAGAAUGGGUCGUGGCCACAGUCCGACAGCUUCGUGUCGCUGGAGACUUUGAAGUCGCCUUGAUCCUGACACAUUUGCACCACGACCGUGGCGAGUCCGUCGGCAUCGUGAAGCCAGCAUUGCUGCAGACCUUCUGCCUAUUCUUUUCGAUGUUCUUCAAGGCCGUGCGGGAACCGUCGAGAAAGACGACCUCGUACGACCCAAACUCCCGACGUGGUGCCUUUGGCGUUUGGUGGGCCUUUUGA